AAGAUGAAUAACAAGAGUUUAGGAGGUGAUUUCAUCCUGGUGGGCUUCUCUGAUCAGCCACAACUUGAGAAGAUCCUCUUUGUGGGGGUGCUGAUCUCCUACCUCCUCACGCUGGCAGGCAAUACAGCAAUCAUCCUGGUCUCCUGUCUGGAUUCUGUGCUGCAUACACCCAUGUACUAUUUUCUUACCAACCUCUCCUUUGUUGACCUCUGCUUUUCCACCAGUAUCGUUCCCCAGCUGCUGUGGAACCUCCAUGGUCCAGCCAAGACGAUCACUCCCACAGGCUGUGUGAUUCAGCUGUAUGUGUCCCUGGCUCUGGGGUCCACUGAGUGUGUUCUCCUCGCAGUUAUGGCAUUUGAUCGCUAUGCGGCUAUUUGCCGACCACUCCAUUAUGCCACAGUUAUGCACCCACGCCUAUGCCAGGCUCUUGCUGGAAUGGCAUGGCUAAGUGGAGUUGGCAACACACUGAUUCAGGGCACUAUCACUCUUCGCCUGCCUCGCUGUGGGAACCGUAGGAUUUAUCACUUCCUCUGUGAAGUUCCUGCCAUGAUCAAGUUGGCCUGUGUAGACAUCCAUGCCAACGAGGUCCAGCUCUUCAUGGCUUCCUUGGUGCUCCUUCUCUUCCCCCUGGUACUCAUCUUAGUCUCAUAUGGGCAUAUUGUCCAAGCAGUGGUGAGGAUCAAGUCAGCUCAGACCUGGCAUAAGGCUCUUGGAACCUGUGGGUCCCACCUGCUGGUAGUAACCCUUUUCUACAGCACCACCAUUGCUAUCUACAUACAGCCCAGCAGCUCCUAUGCACACAGCCAAGGAAAAUUCAUCACUCUUUUUUACACUGUUGUAACUCCCACUCUAAACCCCCUCAUUUAUACUUUGAGAAACAAAGACGUGAAGGGGGCUUUGAAAAGGCUGGUGAGAAAAGAUAAGCAUCCAGGAGAGUGA